AUGACUCAUUUAAGUUGCUUUCAGGUUGCUAUGGGAGUCCAAAGUGUCUCAGAUGCCACGGUGUGCAAAGUGUUCCCUUCAACGUUGAGUGAUGCCGCGCAGAAAUGGUACCAGAACCUCAAGGAGGGCUCUAUUACUAGCUUCAGGGAGCUCGCUAUGGCCUUUAAAACUCACUUCACUCCGAGCAUCGAACGAAAGAAAAGAUCCAGUGAUUUGAAGAAAUGUUUUCAAAAGCAGGGAGAAAGUUUGAAAGCUUAUAUUGCUCGGUUCAAUGCUGAGGCAAUCAUGAUAGAAGAUUUGAACGAUGAUACUGCCAUUGAUGCUAUGAAAGACAACACCAGCAUGCAGGUCUUCCGAGAUAGCCUGAUCACCAACCUGGUUGACACUUACACCGAGUUGAUGGACAGGGCUUGGAAUUAUAUCAACCUUGAUGAGGAGAGGCAGAGGAAAGUAUACGGGAUGGCUAGCCCGCACGGGGCUUGGUACGAAGCCGAAUUUCAGCAUUGGGGAGGAACGGAAGGAUACGUGGACCGAGCAGGGGUACCCAAACAAUAUGUACCGCUUAACACUCCGAGGGAGCAGAUUUUAUCUUGGAUCAAGCACAAUAAUGAGGAGAUUCGUUAUCCCCCGAGGCUGGUGAAGGACGGAGACUGGUUCAAGUUCUGUGAAUUCCAUGAUGGCUAUGGCCAUGAAACAGAAGAAUGUGGGCGUUUGCGGAGUGAGAUAGACAAGCUGGUUUCCCAGGGACGAUUACAACACUUCGUGGUGGCCAAGGAGGGCCAAGACCGAGGAAAUACAAGGGUCAACUCGGUCAGUCGAAAACGCAGAAAGAAAAAGCAAAAGAUCGUCAUGUCAGUGUCUACUGGGUCGCCACGGCCUAGCAUUGUUUUCGGGCCAGAGGACGCGAAAGGGGUAGAAUUUCCCCAUGAGGACGCUUUGAUCGUAUCUGCUAUUAUCGGAUCGAAAUGGGUAAAACGACUGCUGGUGGAUGAUGGUAGCUCGGUUAACUUGUUGACUCUGUCAGUCUUUUUGACGAUGGGAGGAUCCAAAACUGAUCUUAAACCAGUGAACAUUCCCCUCCUGGGGCUGGGAGGAGCUCCGGUCAUCCCAGAAGGCAUGGUCGAGCUAGACUUGGAGCUCGGUAUCGAAAUACCCCAGGAGGAUGGAACAAAGGGUAUCCUGGCGGAACCAACACGGAAGGUGCAGUGA